GUUCUUGAAGCUGGCGGACGGCCGUGGCUGGGUUUUCGAGACGAAAGACCGCCUUCUCGUCAUGAGCGAGGUGCGGGCAAAGGAGAAGGAGGCACGAGACUUCGCGAGGGGCCUUUGGCAUUACACCGUCGUUUGUGACGACGAUGUGGAAAUCCGUGCAGCUCCGACCUAUUCGGACGAGGCUCGGACGGGUCUUACGGUUCAUCCUGGGGAUUGCGUCGCAGUGGACGAGCGCUGCCGUGUCAAUGCGACGUGGUUCCUCCGCCUUUCUGACGGUCGCGGCUGGCUCUUCGAGACCAAG